AUGCAACGAGAAAACGUGUAUUUACAUUCACCAUCGGAUCUAGUCGGCGAAUACGAUCAUAGAAUGGAUAGAAUGAUGCGUCAACCGCCACCUGUACCUCCGCCUCCUCCUUUGUCUACUUCAGGGUCAUCAUCAAGACCACAUCUUUCACGAAAUUCAACACGUCUACUGAAUGAAUCAAUCAAACACAAAAAGAAUCAAUCUAAUGGAAACAGUACCAAUAGCAGUAAUGCCUUUUGGUGGGAUGUUGCUCAUGUCACCAGUCGUCACUAUGAACAAGAACAAAGUACAAAUAAAGAACGUCGACUAACAUUUCGUCGAAUUGUUAAAAUAUGCGUUUACAUCAUUUUCUUCUGUGUUGUUCUCACAUCCGCAAUUGUCAGUAAGCUUAGUCUAUUCACUAUGAUUAAUGCUUACAAAACUACCGAACAACCAAAAGCAUACAUUGUUCGAUGGCAAGUUCUUCUUCUCAUUGCAAUGGGCAUCCCAUACGUCUUAACAUUUAUCCACAGUGUUCAGUUAUCGAUUUUUUUCAUUAAACGUUCUCCGCCAUUCUUUCUGACAAUAUGGGUUCACUUCGUCGAAGCUUGCCAUACCGCUGGUUUGUCCAUUCUUGUCUUUCGAAUUUUACCAUCAAUUGAUAAUGUGACUGGAUUGUUCAUCUUGAACGGUGUGUGUAUUAUUCCGGCCGUCUUAAAUCUUUUCUCAUCUCAUCGUGGUCUCAAUGCAACGAUGAAAACAUUGACAUUCAUCACUGACAUCGGCGCAGUCUUGAUGCAGUUAUGUGUUUGCUUUAUACCUGUCAUACUUCCGAUGAAAGAGAGUAUAACAAGUAGACUUCAAUGGCAAUUACCAUUAGCAUUAUUGCUUAUUUCGUUUGGCUAUUGGGAGAGUUUUACUGAAACAUCCUUCUCACAAAAACGUUUCUUCAAAUGGUUUCAACAUGGAGUUCGAGCAUUGAAGAAAACACGUCCUAAAGUCUAUGUUACCGCCAGUUUGUUAAAGUUGUGUGUCUUGAUUUGCACAGCUGUGUAUUUCUUACCGGAAUCCAUUGAUAAAAAACUGUAUUGGAGAGUUUUUGAUUCAAUACCGAUCGGCUUCCAUGAUACACAAACUCGACGAGUUCUCGGUGGUGGAAUAUUCGACGAACAUGAAGAUCUUUUUCGCAUUACAUAUGAAGUGUAUGUUCCGAUGAUUGUACAAGUUCUUUCCUCCUGUGUCUGCUAUUACACUGGACGUAUCGCAUGUAAAGUUUUAAUGCAAAGCUUUGGCUUCUCAUUGCCGUUAACUUUAUCGACAUUGAUUGCGUAUAUUGUACUAUUCUUUAGUCAAGGUUUUAAAAGCAAGAAAGACAUUGUAGCGCUUGGCCAGUUGUUCUAUUUGGACAAACCGCAAGCGUUGGGCUCGAAACUUGUUAUUAUUUCGCUGAUUGGUUUCCUACUGUUAUGGUUAUCUAAAAUGAAAAUAACAAGUCAUGUCUGGUUUCCAACAUCGGAACGUUUAGCAAUGAUAUAUAAAUUAUUUGUUCUUCCAUAUUAUGAACCAGCGAUUGUGGAACAAAAUUUACUGCUGAACAAACGACAAAAAGAUGAUGGAGAAAUGAAAGAUCAAGUGGAACCGGAUUUAAGUCUCGAACGAAAGUUUCCCGUACCAAUGAUCUACGUCUGUGCGACUAUGUGGCACGAGACCACAAGUGAGAUGGUGCAAUUGUUAAAAUCAAUUUUUCGUCUGGAUUCGGAUCAGCAUGCGCGUCGAACCGUUCAAAAGAACCUACGUAUUCUCGAUCCGGAUUAUUAUCGCUUUGAAACGCAUGUUCUAUUCGACGAUGCGUUUGAAGACGAUGAAAACGGCAACCGCAUACCCAAUCGUUAUGUCAAACAAUUAGUUGCAGCUGUGAACGUCGCCGGAGCGUAUGUUCAUGGUGUCGAAAAGGUCGUCGAAGAUCCCAUUAAGAUCCCGACGCCCUAUGGUGGACGGUUAGUUUGGUUAUUGCCAGGCAAAAACCGAUUGAUCGUUCAUAUGAAAGAUAAAAAUUUAAUUCGACACAAAAAACGUUGGAGUCAAGUCAUGUAUAUGUACUAUCUGUUAUCGUUUAAAUUAUUACGUCGAAAACAAGGUGGACACAAUGUUUCGCAGCGUACUACUCGAUUGGAUACGGAAUUCAUCGGUUUCAGUGAUUUUCUUCGAAAUCUACCAGAAGAUAAAAAAAUUGCCGCUCAAAAUACAUUUGUUCUCGCACUUGACGGUGAUGUUGAUUUUAAGCCAGAAGCUAUUCUUUUACUAGUCGAUCGAAUGCGUAAGAAUCCGAAAGUUGCAGCUGCCUGUGGUCGAAUUCAUCCAACUGGUGGCGGACCUAUCGUAUGGUACCAGCAAUUUGAAUACGCUGUUGGCCAUUGGCUACAAAAGGCUGCUGAACAUAAACUGGGCAGUGUUCUUUGCUGUCCCGGUUGUUUCUCAUUGUUUCGCGGUUCAUCUCUCAUGGAUGACAAUGUUAUGCGACGUUACGCUGAUAAAUCUACGGAAGCAGCACAUUACGUCCAAUACGAUCAGGGUGAGGAUCGUUGGUUAACAACGCUUCUUCUUCAGCAAGGUUAUCGUGUUGAAUAUUGCGCUGCAUCGGACGCUUUCACUCAUGCACCUGAAACAUUUAAAGAAUUUUUCAAUCAACGCCGUCGAUGGAUGCCUUCGACAAUGGCGAACAUCAUGGAUUUAUUGAAAGAUACUAAACAUACAACGCAUGUCAAUGAAAAUAUUUCGAAAUUGUACAUGUUCUAUCAAGCUGUUCUGUUCGUUUCGACUAUCCUAGGUCCAGGAACAAUUCUAUUAACAAUUGCUUCCGCGUUACGUACAGUAUUUUCAACAUUAACAAUAGCUGAAUCGUAUACAAUAUCAAUUUUACCAGCCAUUUUCUACAUACUCGUAUGUAUAAAAACGAAAGCUAGCACACAAAUAUGGAUCGGAGCGGUAAUGACUGCAAUCUAUGCUUUGGUUAUGUCUAUGGUACUUGUCGCGACAGCUGCUCAAAUUCUCAAAUCAGGUUUGCUUGAUCCGAGUGCAGUAUUUUUACCAACAGUUGCUACAACUUUCAUUGUCACUGGUCUCCUGCAUCCGAAUGAAAUGUUGAAUCUACUGCAUGGCUUUCUCUAUUUGGUCACCAUCCCCGGUGGUUAUCUUUUGCUUGUAACCUAUGCUCUAUGCAAUUUACAUGUUGUUUCCUGGGGUACACGGGAAACAGUCGAAGUGGUCAAAAAGAAAAAGAAGCCAGGCGAAAAAGAAGUUGUUGUGCCAGAUCCGAAGAAACGACGGACAACGGAUGUUUUGAAUAAUAUGCUAUGGGGCAACAACGGUGAUGGCCAACGCGGCUUUAUUCAUCAGAUCGGUGAUGCGAUUGAACAAGUUUUUCGACCAACUGCUAAACGUCAAGAGAUGCUUUUACAACAGAUUAUCGAGAAACUCAAUCGUGACAACGCUCGUCAGGAUUUAAAAAAAUACAAUGAUGAAAAUCUACAUGAUGCUAAUAGUCAUGAUCUACUCAUUGUGCCAGGUGAAAGUGAGUUACAUGAUAGUAGUUCAUCCAAUACAACAUCGACUACAUCGAUUUGUAAUAAAUCACGAAAUAAUAUGGUCAAUCCUUACUGGUCGGAAUUGUCAUGGCUUGGCUCAGAAUCUGUUAUCGGCUAUCUUCAUACAGAUGAAAUCACAUUUUGGCAACAAAUUCUUUCGAAAUAUUUAGCUCCGCUAGACAAAGAUGCAGAAGAUGAACGCCGUAUUACACACGAUCUGAUUUCUUUGCGAAAUAAUGCUGGCUUUGCUUUCUUUAUGCUUAACGCUAUUUGGAUUAUUUUGCAAUUUCAAUGUGAAUAUGUUUCGACGAAAUUCACUGAACUUAUGAUUGACAUCGGUCGUCCAUUCGGUCGACCAGGAACGAAGGUACAACUGCUAGGUUUACUAUUUAUGCUAUUUUUUGCAUCAUGUAUGAUUGUUCAAUUCAUUACUAUGCUUCUGCAUCGUUGGGGAACAUUCAUAGAAAUCUUGGCUAGUACAAAACUAUUCGAAAAGCAUCGAAAAUACAAAUUAAAACCAGGCUCGGAUAUUGCUGGAAUGACAAGUCAAGAGGUGGCCGACGUUCUCAGAGAGUUAGAUAUUCAACUAGUUGUUCCACCAGUGGCCACUGCAGUGAAACAGAGUGUCGCAUUUCAAAUGGAACCUAUGGUAAAACGAGAGGCCGAAGCUCAUAGUCCUGAUUACGACGAAAAUGACGAUGAUGAAAUCGAUGAUUUCGAGGAUGUGUAUAUUGAGCCGCCAAUCGAUUACUUCGAUCAUCCGGUUGUACAAGAAGCUGCUGAUGAAAGCCGUCUUCGUAUGCUCUAG